AUGUUCCCACAUAGCCUUAUAGGUGCUGCUGCCCUUCAACAGAUGUUGCAUCAUCAUCAUCAUCAUCACUUUCCAACCCCAAUGGAACAGCGUUCCAGGUGGAAACCCAACAUUGAGGUCGCACCCAAUUGCCCUCGUUGCGCUUCCACCAACACCAAAUUCUGUUACUACAACAACUACAGCUUGUCGCAGCCCCGGUAUUUCUGCAAAGCCUGCAGACGCUACUGGACCAAAGGUGGCUCUCUCCGCAACGUCCCCGUCGGCGGCGGCUGCCGCAAGAACCGCCGCGGAAAGUCCUCCUCGCGCCACCACCCAACCCAACGCUCUUUCAACUCCGCUUCCGAGGACACGGAGUCUUCACUUGAUGAUGCCCAUCCAAACAACAACGGGUCUCGUGAAAUUGACAUGGCCCUUGUGUUCGCCAAGUUCUUGAACCCCAAACAACAAGUUGCAGAGGAUCACAAUGGCUCGUCUUCUUCCAACAAUUACUUAACGCCUGAGAGCGUUGAAACCGAGAGUGAUAUUGCAGCUGUUCAGUCCCAGAACAGGGGUUCGUCGGAUCUUGUCCUCGAAGAGUUUGACGCUGAUGCAGUGGUGGGAAUUGGGAAUUUUGGAAGGGAGGAAUUGAGUUUGGGUGAGAUUAACGAGUUGGAGAGGCUUCUGGGUGUGUGUGGUGAUGAAGAUGGUCUCUGGUGUGAUGCUACCUUGUCCUCUUCGGUUACUUGGGAACUUCCCGUGAAGGAAAUGCCGUUGCAGGAGUUGGAAUACUCGAUGCCGUUGUUGAAUGAGAAUGAUGACCAAUUACUACCCAUCACUUCUUCAUCUACCAUGAAUUCAAUGAGCGACACUUGCUGGAGUACUUGGAGUUCCUUUGAUCCUUCAACCAUGGAGGUGUUCUCGUCAACUCCUUGA